AUGUGCAGAGUGGCAGAGGACAAAGUCAUCAACCUGGUUCCAGAGGAGGCGGCUUUUAGCCAGACUCUGAGCAGGUGCCUGCCUGUCCGCCUCAUCCCCCGGCGGAGGCAUAGAGAGACCGCAGGGACUGCCUCGGAGCCCAAGGCUGCACACCCAGGGUUCUGCAAGAAUGACGGACAGCACGUCGCGCGGCUGCGCGUGGAGACGCUGAGGCUGGGCGGGGCCUCAGGAGGGGCCGCUGUGCGCGUCCUGGGGGACGCCAUCUUCCCAUCUACCCGCGCCCUGACCAACCCCCAUGGACCUAUUGCAGCAGCCUGGUUCUGCUCCGGGCCAGACCCCACGGCCCGCCACGGCGGGGCCCCGGCCUUCAGGGUGGCCUUCCACGUGCACGGGGCCCUGCAGCCUCCUGCCUUCAACUGGCCUCUGGGUGCCAGCCAGCCAGAACCAAAGUCACUGCGCCCAGAGCCCCAGCUGCCCGGCCUGCAGGUUUCGAGGGAGGCCUGGAGCGAUCGGGGGACGGAAGUCUUUCUGCACCCACCCUCAAGCCCAUCCAGCUCCCACCACAGCCGGGAGGGCUUCAGCCCUGAGCCAGGACCCUGGCAGCCUCAGUCCCAGGUCACUGAGGGCCCAGAAGACCCCCCGAAUACCUCCCAGAAUGUGGACUCUGUCAUCAGCCACUUGGCUCCCCCUAAUAAGGAGAUCAUCACAGUCACUCUCCAUGGGGCCACCAACCUACCCACCUGCAAAGAUGGCUCUGAGCCGUGGCCCUUUGUGGUAGUGAAAACUGCAUCGGAGGAAGGCAAGAACCAGAUCUCCAGGGCAGUCACAUCUGUGCCGAGGGAGCCCACCAGAGCCCCCAUCUGGGGGGACACUGUCAAAGUGGAGAUCCAAGCUGAGGAUGCAGGGCACGAAGAUGUGAUCCUCAAGGUGGCAGACAAUAAAAAGAAAGAGAAGCUGUUGUCCUUCCAAAUCCCCAUCAAGUACUUGCGUGUCUUCCACCCCUACCACUUUGAGCUGGUGAAUCCCACUGAGCCUGGGAAAGCUGAUGAAGCCACUGCCAAGACCCAACUGUAUGCGACAGUCAUUCGGAAGGGCAGCUUCAUCCCCCGCUACAUUGGCCACAACCACACAGCUCUGGAGGUCUUUCUUUGGGGCAUCAAUGAGCCCCUGGCCAAUAACCCCAGCCCCAUGGUGGUCGUUGCCCGGGUGGUUCCCAACUACAAGGAGUUUCAGGUCAAUCAGGAGAACCAGGACCCGGCAUCCCUGGGGCUGCCUAUCACCCAGCUCUCCUUCCCUAUCCCCUCCGUGAUGAACUUCGAUGUCCCUCAGGUUAGCCGGAACGGGUGCCCUCAGCUGUCCAAGCCUGGGGGACCCCCUGAGCUGCCCCUGUGGAAUGAGUCCUUCCUCUUCCACGGCCGAGACGGAGCCACCACCUUCUCAGGGGACACAGCCCUGGUGCUGGAGUAUUACCCCUCAUCUUCAAAACCCUGGACCCUCAGAAAGCCCCUCGGCAUUUCCGUGCUGCCACUAAAGAGCCACUUAUACCAAAAGAUGCUGACAGGGAAAGGCCUGAAUGGGCUGCGUGUGGAGAAGCUCCCCAUCACCAGGCCAAAAAGCUUCUUGACACCAAACAACAACAUGGUUCUGCCCAUCCUGGACCCCAAGAUCUUAGACGAGGAGCUGGAUACCAUCCAUGAAUCCGGGUCCAAGGCCACAGUGAGCUCCACGAUUGGUCUCAGAACAUCCACCUCUGAGGAAGCAGAGGAAGAGCCUCAGGUGACUAAGAUGUUCCGGAAAAUGCGGAGCCCAUGGGGAACACUGCUCUGGAAGAUCCUGAGAAAAGGCCUGAGCCAGGGUCACUGGCCCAUAGGGAAUCCCUUGGACCUCCUCCUCCCAGGACCUGCCCCCUUCCACUGACAGCCUCCACAUCUUCCCCUGGCACUUUGCAUCUUCCUGGAACAUGUCCCACUGGAUGAAUAGGAAGGGUGCUGCCUGCUGGGUGUGGAGCACCCAGGAUCCUCCCAUGUGGCGUGCUCCUGCUCACCCCAAGCAGAGCUGUCCUUGGCAGGUGCCAAAACACUCACAGCUAUUUUUCACCCCCCUCUCACCCGUCCUCCUCUCACUCCCCCUCUGGAAAGCAGCUCAGGCCUGACCUGCCAGCUCAGCCUUCAGUUGGGUUGAAAAUAAAGAUUCAGACGUGACUUUGGA